GCCACAUCUCUCAGCAGCUCUUUCAUCUAGACCACCACAUCGCUGCCGUCUGGCCUUGCGACGGGGCCCUGCGGAUCCAUUAACAUCCCGAAGAGGAGGCGCAGCAGCCGCUGCCGAUGCGGAUUGCCAGGAGCCCACUAGCCGAUCGCCGUUAGGGAGCUCCUAUUCAGUCUCGGAAAAGCUUGCGGGUCCAGGGACGAGAGCAAGUUAGCCCCUUUACACGGGUGCAAAAUUUGCGACCGUCGUCGUGCAGCCAAGUCGACCGUCCCGAUCGCGGAUGGCCUAUUUCUCUUCUUUCACCUGCACGGAUCCAGACAUCUCACCUACCCCACACCCAUCUUCGCGCACAAAGCUUGCUCUUCUAUCAAAUCGAUCAUGAGUGAACAGGAUCGCCAACCUCCACGGGAGAGGUCCUCUCUCCCGACGCCCUUAUUGCAGCACAUAUUACUUGGCCCUCGGGAAGGUAACAGUGACAACGCACCCCCUCCCGCCGCCGCCGGCGGACCGUUUGGCGAAGGUCAAAGCGCAAGGCCAUCGCCCUAUUCCUACGAUCCAGCUCGAGAUCCAGCCCAAGUUAACCAACAGCCGUCGUCGUCAAGGUCAGCCUUUGUUCGCUUUCAUCGGAAUAGGCGGCGAUUAUUCAGCGAUAAUGCGAUUUCAGGCGUCCCACCGAUCGUUCCUGGUCAGAGACCGCAGAGAGCAGAUACCUGCCCGAACCGCGCCUGGCCAGCUCUUCCAUUCCCCAUGGUCCAGCGGAUCGUCCGCUCUUUGGCAGGUACGGUACGUAUCCUGCCGGCGACGCCGCCCAAGAUAUCCCCUAUAGGUGGCCGCCGCUCCCGCCGGUGCCGCCGUCCUAUGCCGCGUAUCCGCCAGAAGGGCGUCCGCAAGCCGCCGACGCUGGGUCGUCCUCGCGCGGCGGCGGUGGCGGCGGAGCCUACGCUCGCUGGCGGGAACCCAACGAACCAUGGGGUCGCGGCGGCGGGACGAAUCCACCAGACGCCCUUUUGAACUUUGCGCCCCAUUCCUGGCGUGACCGAGCGGGCGGGCAACGCGGUGUCAACGACGCCGAACAGUACGAGCGUGGGAGAAGUCCACGUCGAAAGCGCCGCCUGCAAGAUAUCCUUCGAGACUCUUCGUCCGAGGCGGAGGGACGUUCGAGGAGUCGCAGCGUGCGGCCCGAAGGCAGCCUCCGGUGGUCAGGUACAUCCGCGCCAUAUUUGCCUGAAUUGCUGGAGCCGUCUGACGGGCCGACUGCAGCGUCGCCAGGGGCGGAGUACGCUACCCCCGACCGCCACGCGCAGCGAAUGCAGCUGCCGCCGAUCCUGACGGGCGAAGACAUGCCGCGCCAUCCUCCCCGAACGAACGUGACGCCGACAGCGCCCCUGGCAAACCUGACGCUGCGUUCGUUCACGCCACCCCAGCCGGGCCAGAUCGAAUCGCCGCGGCCCCAGCGCCCGCUUCCCCGGCGAGCGGGCUUCGAUCCGCUCCCCCACGGCGCGGGCUACCGGGAGCUGGACAGCGGGGACGAGGAGACGGACGUGUCGCCUCAGACGUGGUCGGCGUCGCCGCUGCACGGGCGGCAGGAGAGCUCGGCGAGUCCCGCGGCGACGGCGUCGGGGGUGCGCUCGGUGCAGAGCGAGUCGGACAGGGACGAAGAGCCGUCCCGGAAGAGAGGGAAGGGCAGCCGGGCGAGGAAGGCGGCUAUUGCGUGCAACAGAUGCAGGAAACGAAAAAUAGCCUGCGACGGAAUCAAGCCGCACCCGUGCUCGUCCUGCUUGGGCAAGCUUUGGGAGUGCGUCUACGUCGAGAAGCAGAGGCGCCGCGGGCCAGGCAAGGCGCCGCGCGGCAGUCGAAGGAGACCGGUCGCAGAUCCCAGACCGGACUCGUCUGCGCAGUCGUCCCCGGACCAGCGCACGCUCUCCUCCCCCGCGCUCUCGAUGAUGUCCCUGCCCUCGGCCGGCGGGGGCGCGCAGGGCGCCCCGUUCUCGUUCUCGCCGGUCGCGGGGCCCUCGCACCUGCCCGCGCACGCCGCACCGGACUCGGCGCCACCAUCGAUCUCGCCCGGCGGCACGGCGCUCCGCGCGCCCGAACGGGACUAUCAGUUCAUCGCCGAGCAGCCUGGGAUGAGCGCAUCCCGGCGCGCCGCCACCCGCCGCCGGAUGGAGCCCGUGGGCGCGCCGGUCGCGGGCUCUGGGCCUAGCCGAGCGGGAGGGCCUGCUUUGUACCACGGAGCCCACGGCUCGGUUCCCUCCUCCGUAGCUCCGCACGGGCAUCAGAACGCGCUGGGGGAGGGCCCGUCCGGUGCUGCGGGCGUGCCCACGGGGGAGUUCACGUUCAGCUACGCGUCGACGGCGGGGCGCUCGGACGCGGGGCUGUCGGUCAGACGGGGGGCGGGUGCGUACGGGGACGGGGACCGCCACUGGGGCGGGGGCGGCGAGGGUGCGGGGUCGCCUGGUCGACACGCGGCGCCACCAGCGGGUGGGAGCCCGAACAGAAGUCGGGGCGGGACGCCCGCCGGGAACACGAGGCCCCCCCAGCGGGCGGAGGGGGCGUGAGGCCAGGGCGGCUUCGUCAUUGGGUGCUCGGCGCGGAGGCACCGCAGCGGCGAUAUGCGGACGCCUUGCACCCGGAGAUGUGAUUUUUCCAUUUGAUCCGUAUCAUUACGGCAACCGAGCGAGCCCCUGGCCGCGCCCCCUCUUCCCCCCCUC